AUGGGUGAAGAAGUUCGUAAUAAGCUCUUUGAUGACGUGUUGGCUCUCUUCCAUGAUCUCGAUAGUGGUAUGCUCCCCAUCAGUGUUAUCUUCCCAUACCUUAGGAUCCCAUCCCACCGCCGCGAUGACCAAGCUUGCAAGAAGCUUGCAGAUAUAUUUGCUACCAUUAUAGCUUCCCGUAAACAAACUGGCAAGUCAGAAAAUGACAUGUUAUAG